AUGAGACAUAUAGCGCUCUUAGAUAGUCAGGCAGUAGGAGCAAACCAUCGCCGAGAAGAGGCUUCUGGAGAAUUGAGACUCCUCAAAGCUUCUAUAGCAGCUCUGCAGCAUGAAAAGCAGAAAAUCCGGAGGCAGAAAAUGAAAGCUUCACAUUGGCUUGAUAGUUGGAGAAGUCGGAGACAAGCUGGAGGUGUAAAUUACAAUGGGCUGAUUGGGUUUGCUGAAGAUUUACCUGAAAUUCAGAUCCUUGGCAAACUGCGGCAUCCUCACCUCGUUACACUGAUUGGCGUAUGUCCAGAAGCCUGGUCCCUUGUUUAUGAGUACUUACCUAAUGGAAGUCUCCUGGAUUGCCUUUCCCAAAGAAGCAACUUUUCCCUCAACUGGAAGAUCCGUGUAAGAAUUGUUGCUGAAAUUGCUAGUGCCCUCUUGUUCCUCCACUCAUUUAAACCUGAAAAGAUAGUACAUGGCAACCUCAAGCCCGAAAACAUCCUGCUUGAUUCUGAUCUCAGCUGCAAGAUAUAUCCAGAAUUGAACAGAACUGGGGCCUUGACUAGUAAAUCUGACAGUUACUCUUUUGGUAUGAUAAUUCUUCACCUUCUCACCGGGAGGGCUCCAGAGACACUGGCAGCUGAGGUUCGGAAAGCAGUAUCAUGUGGGAAAUUAGAUUCCCUCUUGGAUUCAUCUGCAGGAGAAUGGCCUAACUUUGUGCUGAAGCAACUGGUGGACCUGUUGCAUUCUCCAGAAGAACGAACUGUGCCGUCUUUCUUCUUGUGCCCUAUCCGCCAGGAGAUAAUGCAUGACCCUCAGUUGGCAGCCGAUGGAUUCACGUACGAAGGAGAAGCCUUGCGGGAAUGGUUUGGGAAUGGUCACGAAACUUCUCCAAUGACCAAUUUGAAAUUGGAACACCUGCAUCUAACUCCAAACCACGCACUAAGACUUGCUAUUCAAGAUUGGCUCUGCAAAGCUUGA